AUGAAAAGAUUUGGAAUUGACAACUUUUUCUAUUUCACUGAAACAGCCGAUAAACACAUCUAUCUUCCUCCUUUUUCCUUCCUUCCUUCCUUCCUUCCUUCCUUUCCUUCCUUCUUUCUUCCAUUCUUCCUUCCUUCCCUCUUCCUUCCUUCUUCCUCCCCUUCCUUCCUUCCUUCCUUCCUUCCCUCUUCCUUCCUUCCUACCUUCUUCCUUCCUUCCUUCCUUCCUUCCUUCCUUCCUUCCUUCUUUCUUCCAUUCUUCCUUCCUUCCCUCUUCCUUCCUUCUUCCUCCCCCCCUUUUCCUUCCUUCCUUCCUUCCUUCCUUCCUUCCUUCCUUCCUUCCUCCCAUCCUUCCUUCCUUCCUACCUUCUUCCUUCUUUCCUUCCUUCUUUCCUUCCUUCCUUCCUUCCCUCUUCCUUCCUUUCUUCCCCCCUUCCUUCCUUCCUUCCUUCCUUCCCUUUUCUUUUCUUCCUCCGCCCUUCCUUUCUUCCUUCCUUCCUUCCUUCCUUCCUUCCUUCCUUCCUUCCUUCCUUCCUUCCUUCCUUCCCUUCUUCCUUCUUCCUUCUUCCUUCCUUCUUCCUCCCCUUCCUUUCUUCCUUCCUUCCUUCCUUCCCUCUUCCUUCCUUCCUUCUUUUCUUCCUUCCUUUCCCUUCCUUCCUUCCUUCCUUCUUCCUUCCUUUCUUUCUUUCCCCCUUCCUUCCUUCCUUCCUUCCCCUUCCUUUUCCUUUCUUCCUCCAUUUCCUUCCUUCCUUCCUUCCUUCCUUCCUUCCUUCCUUCCUUCCUUCCUUCCUUCCUUCCUUCCUUCCUUCUUCCUUCCUUCCUUCCUUCCUUCCUUCCCAUUCUUCCUUCCUUCCUUCCUUCCCCCCUUCCUUCCUUCCUUCCUCUUCUUUCCUUUCUUCCUCCCCCCUUCCUUUCUUUCUUCCUUCCUUCCUUCCUUCCUUCCUUCUUUCUUCCAUUCUUCCUUCCUUCCCACUUCCUUCCUUCCUUCCUUUCUUCCUCCUACCUUCCUUCCUUCCUUUCUUCCUUCCUUCUUCUGCUUUUCAUUCGCUUUAUUCCUGGCUUUCAUUGCUUUCUUUCUUUGGUUUUUACUAUUGCUUUCCUUCCUUGUCCAUUCAUCAAUUUCUUUCUUUCUUUCUUUCUUUCUUUCUUUCUUUCUUUCUUUCUUUCUUUCCCCUCUAUGUGUAUUUUGCAUGUUUUUUAUUGCAUAUAUUUUUACGCUUCCUCCUGUUUACUAUUUCCUUCUCUUUCUUUUCUUUCUUUCUUUCUUUCGUUUCCCCUCAUAACCCAAGUGGAUUCCGACUUCUCCCUCCUUACAUUUUGA